CCCUUUUUCGGCAAAGUGGUGGUAUACUGGGGAGCAGCAGCUGCUAGCCUGCUUCCCUUUUCUCAUCUCUGGUCUUCUCCAGCUCCAAAACUAACUCCACCAAACCAUCCUCAAGAAAAGGUCAAAUUCAGCUGUAGCACUCUAAGCUGAGGGCCCAUAACUAAGUAAUUUUCAGCUAUGGUCAGUUGGUUUUCAAAAGGAAUGAAUGAGCAUGCUUGGUGAAAUCAGGAUCAACGUCCAAAGCAUCAAGAAAUCAGGACAAACAAGUGCCCUAUUUGGAAAUCUUUGGCUCUGAGAAAAGUGAACUCUAAAGAAGGAGAGUAUGGCUACUGGGCAGCUAAACCAGGACGGAGUGUCAGAAAACCUAAGGAGACAGCUUGCUCUUGGUGUUAGAAGCAUUCAAUGGAGCUAUGCAAUCUUUUGGUCCAUUUCAUCUACACAACCAGGGAUAUUGGAAUGGGGUGAUGGGUAUUACAAUGGAGAUAUUAAGACAAGGAAGACAGUUCAAUCCACAGAAACAAAUGCUGAUCAACUCGGAUUGCAGAGGAGUGAGCAACUGAGAGAACUUUAUGAAUCGCUCUUGGCUAGUGAAUCCAAUCCACAAGCUAAAAGGCCGUCGGCUGCAUUGUCUCCUGAAGAUCUUACGGAUACAGAGUGGUAUUUCUUGGUUUGCAUGUCGUUCGUGUUCAACAUUGACCAAGGAUUGCCAGGAAGAGCAUUAGCUAAUAAUCAAACCAUAUGGCUAUGCAAUGCUCACUAUGCAGAUAGCAAAGUGUUCAGCCGGUCACUGCUAGCAAAGAGUGCCUCAAUUCAGACUGUGGUAUGCUUCCCACAUCUAGGAGGUGUAAUUGAGCUGGGCAUAACUGAGCUGGUUUUGGAGGAACCCAAUCUUGUUCAGCACAUAAAGGCUUCCUUCUUUCAAACGCCCUAUCCAAUUCUGUCCAUGAUACCUGAGUAUGUUCCAGCAAAUGCAAGAACGAAAAAAGACUUUGCUUCUGCCAAGGUAGACAACGAUAUUCUUGAUGCAACUACUAAUCCAGUGGUAGAAUGCCAAGAAUUACACAUUUGUUCUGCCAAUAAUAGUUCAAAUGGGUUUCUACCCAAUCUGCAGACCGAGGAAUCAUACAUGGUUGAAGGCACAAAUGGAGGAGCUUCUCAAGUACAGAGUUGGCAACUGAUGGAUGAUGGACUCAGUAAUUGUGUCCACAAUUCCAUGAAUUCCAGUGACUGUAUAUCACAAACCUUUGUAAAUCCUGAAAAGGAUGUUCCUCUAUCAAAUGGAGAGAAGGUAAAGGAUGAUUGUCAGCAUGAUGCCCAAGAGUGUAAUCAGGCAAAAAUAACCUCAUUUGGUUUUCGAAGCGAUGAAAUCCACUAUCAAAGUGUUCUUUCAUCUCUUUUGAAGAGCUCUCACCAGCUAAUUUUGGGACCCUGCUUUCAAAACAGCAAUAAAGAAUCUAGUUUUGUUUGUUGGAAUAAGGAAAUAUCAAGUAUUCAGAUCCCUCAAAGAGGAACUCCACAAAAAUUAUUAAAGAAGGUACUUUUUGAAGUUGCUCAAAUGCAUGGUGAUUGCUUGAUCAAGUCUAGAGAAGACAAAGGCCAAAGAGAUGGACUGUGGAGACCAGAGGCCGAUGAAAUUGAUACCAACCACGCGUUGUUAGCGAGGAGGCAAAGGGAAAAAAUGAACAAAAGAUUUUUGCUUCUUGGUUCAUUGGUCCCAACCACAAGCAAGUUUGACAAAGUAUCGAUACUUGAUGACACGAUUAAGUACUUGAAAGAGCUUGAGAGAAGGGUUGAAAAGUUGGAAUCUUGCAAGGAGGUGGAAGCACUCGAAGCAAGAACAAGAGGAAAACCUCGUGGUGAUUCUGUAGAGAGAACAUCUGAUAAUUAUGGAAACAACAAAUUCUGUAACAAGAAGAAGACAUUGAUAAACAAGAGGAAAGCUUGCGAUAUUGAUGAAAUGGAGCCUGAAAACAAUGGAGUUCUAUGGAGUGAUAGUCAAAAUGAUGAUGAUGUUACCGUCAGUGUUACCAAGAAGUAUGUUCUGAUAGAGAUGAGGUGUACUUGGAGGGAGUCUCUAUUGCUUGAAAUCAUGGAUGCAGUGAGCAAUCUUCAUUUGGAUUCUCACACAGUUCAAUCUUCAACUGUGGAUGGGAUUCUCUCUUUGACAAUUAGAUCAAAGUUGACAGGAUCAGCACUUACCUCGGCUGGGAUGAUCCAACAAGUGCUUCAGAGAAUUAUUCAGAGGUGUUGAAGAUAAUUCUUCAGGGUAAAAUUGUUGGUUCUUUGAGUCCCUUCAAUUAGUAGUUUCAACUACUGUAAAAUGGUGUAUUUUGUAACACUGUUGUAGAUCUCCCACAGUCAGAAACACUAGCCCUGGCCUUGCGGAAUUUUUCUUUCAGCAGUGCAAUCCAAUAAAUGGAAGUAUGAUCAAUCCCAUGACUGAAUUUGCCCUUGCACAUAGAAUGCAAAUUGACUGUGACUUGGUUCACGGUAGAGUGUUUCUUUCAGAAAGGGGGUUUCCUAAAGCAACUUAAAAAAGAUUUUCAAACAGCAUUUAAGCUACUUCUUUUCUAAGAAUGAAUUCAUCAUAUAGAUCAUUCUAAUUUAUCAACCAGGAAUCAUUACCCCA